AUGGCGGCGGCUCUCCUUCCUCGUGGAGGCGCUGGAGGUGCGUCAUAUUAUUUUGUAUUAUAACGCGAGUGCAGCUGGGGGGAGUGUGGAGAGGGAGUUUCAAAAAACCCUAUUAGGUAAACCGUUUCAAUGUAAGUUUUUUUCUAUGUCUCCUUUUUCUGGUAUUUCAUAUAAUAUUUUCAGUUCCCAUUAUUAAUGCAUUUCUGUACAUUAUUCUGCUAAAAUAAUACAUUUAUAGGUCUUUCCCCCUUUGAAUGGGGGUAGGAAAUCUUUUCCCAAUGGAGGGCAGAUCUUUCUCCUGCUCUCCUCCCUGCAGGCCAACUUGGGCAGGUGGGGGACCUUCCUUCGUCUCGCCAUAAGGCUUGGGCUCAAGGCAGAACCUUGUGCAUUAAUAAUAAUAUUUAUUUAUUUAUACCCCGCCCUCCCUGGCCAGGACCUAGCUCAGGGUGGCUAACACGAAAUAUAAAUUAUUAUAAAAUGUAGUAGGGAAAAAAAUACAAAAAAAUAGUUGCUUAAAAUACUGUGGAUGAAAGAUCCAAAUUAAUGCAUUAAACACUGGUAAGGACUCAUUAUCAAGCCUACCUAGUGGCAGUGAAGGCAGCAAAGAAGGCAUAGUUUUCUGCCUCUAUUCCAUCCUCAUUAUGUCGUCUGGCAGAGAUUUUCUGGGUUGUAAGGGGCCUUUUACAGGCAGGCCCAAAGGAGGAGUAGAACGAGCAGUAGCUGGCUGUGACUUGUUUGCAAAGCAUUUUGAAGAUAAAAUUGCUUGUAUCCACCAAGACCUUGACUCUGCUGUUACAGCAGAUGAAUCUCAUGGGGUGUCCAGAGCACAGUCUAGUCCUGUUGUGUUUUUUCAGUUGGUAAGGCUCAUGGAUAUGGACAAGGUGCUUGGAUCAGUCAGGGCCUCUGUUUGCACUCUAGACCCUUUCCCCUCUUGGCUGAUAAAAUCCAGCAGGGAGGGAACAGCUGGCAGGACCAAGGAGAUGAUCAGUGCCUCUUUACAAGAGGGGGUUAUCCCUGCAUGUUUGAAGGAGGCAGUGAUAAAACCACUCCUUAACAAACCUUCCCUGGAUUCAGAAAACGGAACUAACUACUGACCACUUGCUAAUCUCUGGGCAAGGUUCUGGAACGAGUGGUCGCAGACCAGAUCCAGGUGCUUUUGGAAGAAGCUGAUUUUCUGGAUCCAUUUCAACCAGGGUUUAGGCCUGGUUUUGGCGCAAAAAACUGCUUUGGUCACCCUGUAUGAGGACCUCUGUCGAAAGAGAGACAAGGGAAAUAUGUCCCUGUUCAUUGUUCUCAACCUCUCAGCGGCUUUUGAUACCAUCAAUCAUGGUAUGCUUCAGGAGUGAUUCUCUGAACUGGGGGUGGGUGGCACUGCUUUGCGGUGGUUCCAGUCCUACUUGGAUGGUCGUUUCCAAAGGGUGUUACUUGGGGAAUGCUUUUCAGGCCCGUGGAAGCUUCAAUGUGGGGUUCCGCAGGGCCCAAUCCUAUCCCCCAUGCUGUUUAACAUCUGUAUAAAAUUGCUAGGUGGGGUGAUCCGGAGGUUUGGAGUACGUUGUCAGCAGUAUGCUGAUGACACUCAGCUGUACUUCUCCUUUCUAUCUGCAGGUGGGGCAGUGGAAGUGCUGGACCAGUGUCUUGCCUGGGUAAUGGACUGGAUGAGAGCCAAGAAACUGAAGCUCAAUCCAGAAAAGACUGAGGUGCUAUUAGUGGGUGGUUCCCUAGAACAGAUGCUUGGAAGCUUGCCUGCUAUUGAUGGGGUUACACGUCCUUGAAGGAGCAGGUUCGUCGCUUGGGGUUCUCCUGGAACCUUUGCUGUCACUCGAGGCUCAGGUGGCCAAGAGUGCCUUCCAUCAACUUUGACUGGUAGCCCAGCUACACCCCUUUCUGGACAGGGAUAGCCUAUCUACCAUUGUCUAUGCUCUGGCAACUGCAAGGUUAAAUAUAGAUAUGUGUUAUACGUAGGGCUGCCUCUGAAGACAGUGUGGAAACUUCAGCUAGUGCAGAAUUCAGUGGCCAGGUUGCUCUCUGGAGCAAGGCGGUUUGAGCAUAUUACCCCCACCCUGGUCUGACUGCAAUGGCUACCAAUUAGUUUCCAGGCCCAAUUCAAAGUGCUACCUUUGACCUAUAAAGCCUUUAAUGGCUCAGGACCAGAAUACUUCAAGGACUGCUUCUUUACUUAUGAACCUACCCGGACCCUGAGAUCCCCUUCUGAUCUCAAGUGGUCCGGAGGGUGGCAACAUGAGAACAAUGCCUUCUCUGCAGUGGCUCCCCGUCUGUGGAAUGCUCUCCCCAGGGAAGUUCACCUGGCACCUUCAUUAUACACCUUUAGGUGCCAGGCAAAAAAGUUCAUUUUUAACCAGAAUUUUGGUUGAUAUGUUUGACAUUCUAUACCCUUUUUCAAAUAUGGCUCUUUUCUUGUGAGGGGAGGAUGUUAUUGGGUUGUUGUUUUUAUUCUGAUUAUAUAUGUUGUGAUCUUUUCUGAGAACCACGCUGAGACCUCUGGUUAUAGGGCGGUAAAUAAACUCAAUAAAUAAUAAUACUAAUAAAUACUUUCAUUAUUUAAAAGCAUUAUAAAACAUCAAAUAUUAAAAACUUCGCUAUACAAGGUUGCCUUCAGAUGUCUUCUAAAACUUCUAUAGUUGUUUAUUUGACAUCUGACGGGAGGGCGUUCCACAGGGUGGGCACCACUACCAAGAAGGCCCUCUGCCUCGUUCCCUGUAACUUCCCUUCUCACAGUGAGGGAACUGCCACAAGGCCCUGGGACCUGGAUCUCGGUGUCCUGACUGAAUGAUUGGGGUGAAGACGCUCCUUUAGCAUUUCAUCAGUUUGCUUUUUUAUUCCAUCAGGAGAUGUUGAAGGGAUGCUGGCAGAAGGGGAACAAUCAGAAAUGUCACCAAAAGGAUCCAAAGAGCAAAGGAAGCUGAGGGUUCAAGAUGGAGGCAGCAGGCAAGAGGGGAGACAAAAGCAGAAGCCGGAGGGUGACUCUUGUAUGUCUCAGGCUGGUGAAAAUCAAAUUGACAAAAAGGAGAAAAAGCAUGAAUGUACAUUGUGCGGACAGAGAUUUUGUAAUCGCUCAGCUCUUACUUCACAUCAACGAACUCAUACAGGGGAGAAACCGUAUACAUGUUCAGAGUGUGGAAAGAGAUUCAGUCGGAGUGGUACCCUUAUAUUGCACCAACGAACUCAUACAGGAGACAAACCUUAUACGUGUUCAGUGUGUGAAAAGAGCUUCACUCAAAGUAGUGGCCUUACUUUGCAUCAAAGAUCUCAUACAGGAGAGAAACCGUAUACAUGCUCAGAGUGUGGAAAGAGCUUCACUCAAAGUAGUGACCUUACCUUGCAUCAAAUAUCUCAUACAGGGGAGAAACCGUAUACGUGUUCUGAGUGUGGAAAGAGCUUCAGUCACAGCACUGCACUUACUAGACAUCAACAAACUCAUCGAGGCAGCAAACCUUAUAAAUGUUCGGAAUGUGGCAACAGCUUCAGUCGCAUCGACUCCCUUUCCUUGCAUCAAAAAAUUCAUAUAGGGGAGAAACGAUAUACAUGUUUGGAGUGUGGAAAGAGCUUCAUUCAGAAUGGCACCCUUACCUUGCAUCAAAGAGUGCACACAGGAGAGAAACCGUAUAAAUGUUUGGAGUGUGGAAAGAGCUUCAGUCGUAGUAGCUCCCUUACAUUGCAUCAACGAACUCAUACGGGAGAGAAACCGUAUACAUGUUCGGAGUGUGGAAAAAGCUUCAUUUGCAGUAGCUCCCUUAUGUUGCAUCAAAGAACUCAUACAGGGGACAAACCAUAUAAAUGCUCCGAGUGUGGAAAUAGCUUCAGGCGCCGGAGUCACCUAACUAGACACCAAAGAAGUCAUAUAGGGAGGAAAUCUUAA